GUCCAGUUGAUUUCGUCCGCCGUCGUCAAUUUGCCUCCUUUUUUGCCCUUUCUAAUCGCUUUUAAUAUGGGUUUCUUGCUUCGGCGUCUUUAGCCACAAUCUGUCUGAAAAUUUCUCUAAUUCCAAGGGUUCUCGGAAAAAUUGAGGGUUAGGGUUUUGAAAUGGGCACGAAAGUUUCAGACGAUCUGCUCUCCACCGUCCGAUCAGUCGUGGGAUCCGAUUACUCAGACAUGGACAUAAUCAGGGCUCUGCACAUGGCGAAACUUAACCCCACAGCAGCAAUCAAUAUAAUCUUCGACACUCCAAGUUUCAGCAAACCCGAUCUAGCCACCGCUCCUAGCCCGAGCGGCUCUAAUGUAGGGAAGAGACUCGAGGACGGCAUACAGGGCUGUCGUUUCAGCGACGGCGCAAGUGUUGGAGCGAGUCCUCGCGUGGAGGAAGAUGAGAGUGUUAACGGUGGGGAAGAGAGUGUUUCAGGGAACGAGUGGUGGUUUGUGGGCAGUUCGGAACUUUCGGGGUUGUCGACAUGUAAAGGAAGGAAAUUGAAGUCCGGUGACGAACUCGUGUUCACGUUUCCGCAGAGUAAGAAAUCGAACUCUGAGUCUACCCCCGGGAAGCGCCUCGGACGGGGAAGGCCAGCUUCGCGUGGUGCUUCUGAUAUCGUCAGGUUCUCUACAAAGGAUUCUGGAGAGAUUGGUAGAAUACCAAAUGAGUGGGCUCGGUGUCUUCUACCGCUUGUGUUAGACAAGAAAAUUAGGAUAGAAGGGAGAUGCAAGUCGGCGCCUCAAGCACUGGGCAUCAUGGACUCAAUUAUUCUUUCAGUAAGCGUAUACAUUAAUAGUUCCAUGUUUCAAAAGCAUAGUGCGACUUCACUCAAGGCAGCCACUAAUACGGCAGAAGAAUCAAUGUUCCAUCCUCUCCCAAAUCUCUUCCGGUUGCUUGGUUUGAUCCCAUUUAAGAAGGCAGAGUUCACUCCUGAGGAUUUGUCCACUAGGAAGCGACCUUUGAGUUCUACGGAUGGCUCCGCUGUUCGUACUUCGUUGCUUCAGUUAAACAAGGUCAAGAAUCUAAAUCAAGACGCAAACGGAGAUGAAAAUGAGCAGUGCAUCAGCGAUGGUGAUCUUGAUAACAUAGUUGGUGUUGGGGACAGUUCUGGAUUAAAGGAAAUGGAAACUCCACAUAAACUUCAGUGUGAGCUUCGUCCGUAUCAGAAGCAGGCACUCCAUUGGAUGACCCAACUGGAGAAAGGAAAUUGCACUGAUGAGGCAGCAACAAUGCUUCACCCGUGUUGGGAAGCAUACAAUUUAGCAGACAAGAGGGAACUUGUUGUCUACCUGAAUUCUUUUACUGGUGAUGCUACUAUACACUUUCCCAGCACACUUCAAAUGGCAAGAGGAGGAAUUCUAGCAGACGCAAUGGGUCUCGGAAAGACCGUAAUGACCAUAUCCCUUAUGCUUGCCCAUUCUUGGAAAGCUGCAUCAACUGGGUUUCUAUCCCCUAAUUAUGAAGGAGAGAAAGGGAUCAGCAGUGUUUUAGAUGAGUCCGGUGGUCCUUCAGUGAAGGCAACCAAAUUUCCAGGUUUUGAUAAGAAGCUUCUUGAGCAUAAAAGUGCACUUGAAAAUGGUGGUAACCUGAUUGUUUGUCCGAUGACACUUUUAGGCCAGUGGAAGUCAGAGAUUGAAAUGCAUGCAAAGCCUGGAUCUCUGUCUGUCUAUGUUCAUUAUGGCCAAAGCAGGCCAAAGGAUGCAAAACUUUUGUCCCAAAGUGAUGUUGUCAUCACUACAUAUGGGGUUCUAACAUCCGAAUUUUCAGCAGAGAACUCAGCAGACAGUGAAGGACUUUAUGCAGUUCGAUGGUUUAGGAUUGUUCUUGACGAGGCACAUAUCAUUAAAAACUCAAAAAGCCAAAUAUCCGUGGCUGCUGCAGCUCUGGUUGCUGACCGGCGUUGGUGUCUUACGGGUACUCCUAUUCAGGUGAUUGAUCUUUUUUGUCGAAGGUGGAAUAAACUUGUCCAAAAGCCAUUUGAAGAGGGCGAUGAGAGAGGGCUAAAGCUAGUGCAGUCUAUCUUAAAACCUAUCAUGCUUAGGAGAACCAAGUCUAGCACAGAUCGAGAAGGAAGGCCGAUUCUUGUUCUACCCCCUGCUGAUGUGCGGGUAAUUUACUGUGAACUCUCGGAGUCUGAGAGGGAUUUCUACGAUGCGCUAUAUAAAAGAUCCAAGGUAUUUCGAGGUGAUACAGCGGAAUACUCAGAUCUGAAUAAGCUUGCUAAACGUUUCCUUGGUGGAAAGUCUUCUGGACUAGAAAGGGAAGGAAAAGAUGUACCACCAGUGGCUUUUGUUCAGGAGGUGGUUGAGGAACUGCGCAAAGGAGAGCAAGGCGAGUGUCCAAUAUGCCUUGAAGCGUUUGAGGAUGCAGUAUUAACACCAUGUGCUCAUAGAUUAUGUCGUGAGUGUCUCUUAGCAAGUUGGCGAAAUUCUUCUUCUGGGUUAUGUCCUGUGUGUAGGAACAACAUUUCAUUUGUCCGUCUUGAUGGCACGCUAAAUCAGCAGCAACGGGAGAAAGUCCUUAAAGAGUUUACUGAAGAUGACAGUAUCCUGGUACUGUUGAUGUCUCUAAAAGCUGGUGGUGUCGGUAUAAAUCUAACAGCUGCGUCCAAUGCUUUUGUCAUGGAUCCAUGGUGGAACCCAGCAGUAGAGGAACAAGCUGUUAUGCGUAUCCAUCGUAUAGGACAGACUAAGAAAGUCAAAAUUAGAAGAUUCAUCAUUAAGGGAACAGUUGAGGAGAGAAUGGAAGCUGUUCAGGCGAGGAAGCAGAGAAUGAUCUCUGGGGCAUUAACCGAUCAAGAAGUACGAAGUGCACGCAUAGAUGAACUCAAGAUGUUGUUUACCUGAAACAAAACAAAAAAAAAAUUCUCUGGUCUGAUGCCUGAAGUCUAUCGUACAAUAUUACAUAUGGUAAACUCUUAACAAGAAACUUGUCACAUUCUAAAGCGAAUCAGAGAUUAUAAACGUAUCUGAAAAUGGGUUUUGCUCUUUUCAAGAGAUAUGAUGGACAAUUGUCACAGUUCUAGGGAAUGUGCAGAGAGGUUUCCAAGUGUAUAUCUUUAGCCUAUAUGGGUUUUGUUGUUUUGUUGUUAUAGAGAGCUCUUUGUAAUUGGAGUUCAGAUUAUUUUUUGUACUUUUAAUGAAUGCUGGAAUAUUACUUUUUGUAACUCAACAUUGCAACUACCCGGUGAGAAUUGGAACUAUUCACUUUAUAUAUGAUGUGCUUCUUCUUUACCUUUGUUGAGAUAAAAUAUUAUGAACC